UCUGGAGAUUAAUGCUAUUAGUAUCUACAAAUAUUUGUUUGUGCUAACUUUAGAUGAUCAUAAAUAUACAAUGGGUCAUCAUCAUACAAAUAUAAGUAUGCUUGACAAAAUAAUAGUGCUAGUAGUUAAUUAUCUGGUCUAAUCCGACAAAACAAUGAAACAUUAUUACAGUAAUCUGCUCUUUGGUCGCUGUACUUAACUUUGACUUUAUAGAAAACCAAACAAACUCACGCGCUUAGAAUAUACGUGUUUUAAAGGCCGUGUAAUCCACUCUCUGCGUUCGCGUGUGGGAUUUUGUUUAAACAUAUAAGAAUUUAAUUAAAUCACGUGCCGGCCAUCUCAACACCGCCGGCAAAACCAACGAGGAGAGAGAGAGAGAGAAGAGAGAGAAUGGAUAGCGAAACCCUAAUUGAAUCGGCGAUAAGGGUUCUGAACACAGCUGACCCGUACGAAAAAGCGCGGCUUGGUGAUUCGAUAGCCGUCAAAUGGCUCCAAGGUGCUAUCUCCGAGCCCUACGAUCCCACCGUCGAUCUCCCUGUCAUGGACAGGCCAGCUCGUCUCACCAACGUGAAACUGGUGUCUCCGAGUUUGAUGCCGAAGCUGGGAAAAGCUGGUAGCUUACAGAGCAGGCAAGCAAUUGUUCACAGUCUUGUUCAUAUUGAAAGCUGGGCAGUUGACUUAUCAUGGGAUAUAAUUGCUCGUUUCGGCAAGCAAGAGAAGAUGCCGAGAGAGUUCUUUACGGACUUUGUUCGUGUAGCUCAGGACGAAGGCCGUCACUUCUCGCUGCUUGCAGCUCGGCUUGAGGAAAUUGGUUCUCGUUACGGUGCGUUCCCUGCCCAUGACGGUCUUUGGGACUCUGCAACCGCUACUUCUCAGGAUCUUUUGGCUCGUUUGGCUAUAGAGCAUUGCGUUCACGAGGCUAGGGGACUAGAUGUAUUGCCCACGACGAUAUCCAGGUUUAGGAAUGGAGGGGAUAACGAGACGGCAGAUUUGCUGGAGAAAGUUGUGUACCCUGAAGAAAUCACUCACUGUGCAGCUGGAGUAAAAUGGUUCAAGUUUCUAUGUGCAAGGUCCAAGAAUCCCGAAGUUACCAUCAACAGCGUAGAAGCAGAUGAUAUCAGUGAAGAGAUAAUCCACAAGUUUCAUUCGGUAGUAAGAGAGCAUUUCAGGGGACCGUUGAAGCCGCCUUUUAAUGCCGAAGCAAGAAAAGCUGCUGGUUUUGGCCCUCGAUGGUAUGAACCUCUUGCUGUCAAAGAGACCAAUGCCUAGAAAAAAAUCAAACAUGUCUUCUUUUUUCUUUCGAGUAGUUGGAUUGUUUUGUUAUCUGCAACUUUAAUUUUUGGUAUACAUUUGUUUGACCUAUUUGAAGAGAAUGUUUCUUCCAUUUAAA